UAGGAGGUAGGUCAAAAAUUGACUGCAAGAUUUGCCCCUAACAAACAUACAUACAUACAAACAUACAGAGCAAGUUAAAUAAAAGCUUGUAAAAAUAUGGGGAAUUCACGGUCAUCACGAAGCCCUUCUAAGCGUCAUCACCAUAAAAGCAAACACAAAAAACAUGGCAGACAACGCGAUGUUCGCAAAAGUUCUGUUCUUGAUGAACGAAAUGAACGCCAAUCCCGAAGCAAUAAUUUUGUGAAAAAAAAAAAAAAAUCUUGUGGCUCAACUGGUCCUAGUGAGUUUCAAAGUGAUGACCGCGGAUCUAGGAAACAUUCCCCUACUGUUAACAGUUCUAGUGAUAGUCAGCAAUCUAAUGACUGCAACGAUCUUGAUAAAAAUCUUAAACGUCGCAAACAAAUUGAUGCUGUUCGAGCUGCAGAUGUUUUCAUCCAACGUCGCCAGCAACAGAAGGAACAGCAGCGGUGGAAAAUAAUUUACAACAGCAACAACCAACAUUUUGAGACAGCGGCGUGGGAUGUCGGCGAAUAUAGAGUACAGUCAUGCGAGGAGUAAGACAGUAGUUUUUAA